AUGGCUUGUGAUGAUCCCAUCAAUAUCUUGGUUGUGGGCGAAUGCGGGGACGGCAAGUCUACACUCAUUGACGCCUUGCGCGACAAGAGCAAAUCAAUAAAGCCUUUGACGGGCAGGGAUCCAGCCGGGGUCACAAAAGACGUCAUGCUCUACCCCUGCCCAGACCUGAUGAUGAACGGGACUUCGUGCCGUUUCAACCUUCUUGAUACUCCUGGCGUUGGUGACCAUGAGGUGACACCAGUUGCCUUGAUCAGCAUGAUUGAGGAGUUCUUGACGGCAGGCAUGGUCCCAGGUGGCAUCCGCGGCCUGGUCGUAACCACGCCCAUUCCGGAAUGUAGGAUCAAGUUGGGCGCGCAGAUUGUGCAGGUUAUCGUGGACAAGGGCUUCGUAGCAGCAGCUGGCCAUGACAAGUAUGCGAACAUUAUUCUCUGCGGCACCAAAUCAGACAAGGCAGAAGAGGAAGAUCGAGUGAACUUCAUGCACGGCACUGAUGGAGGAAGCUCGGUCAAGAGCCUUUUCUUCAAAAAGUCGCCUGGCCAAACGGGCCCAUGUACGAUGGUGAGCAAACACGAUUAUUCCCCACUGCUCGAAGCAAUCGUGAAGCUGCCAUCGACUAGCAUUGCGUUUGAGAAGCCGGACGCAAAGGUUAUGGCGGCGUCCCUGUCGGAGAAGCUCGGCAUGCAGCCCGAAGAGUUCGAGUCGCAGAUGACGGCCAUGCGUCAGCUUGUCGAGGAGCAAAGCAAACAGAUGAGAGAUACCCUGCAGCAAAUGAACGAAAAUCAGGCAGAGCACAGAGCUGAGAUGGCAAGAAAGGACAGACAUGUUCAACAGCUGAUGCAGAAAAUGCAGGAAGAUCAGCGCCGGGCAGAGAAGGCUCGGGUCACACGAGAGCAGCAGUUCGAAUUGAUGCGCCAGCAGCAGGACCAGCAACGGCGUGCAGAAGCUGCUCAGGCCGCUAGGGUGCAAGAGCAGCUUAUGCAAGCAAUGCAAGACGAAGCCAGGCAGUCUCGAGAGCAGGUGGAAGCCAUGCAGAGGGAGAUGGCCGAAGCUGAAGAGAGGAACCAGAGACUGCUGAUGGAGAUGCAAGCGACUAAUCAAAGAUCCAUACAGGCCAUGGAGUCCUCAAACUCCUCUCCUCCAAUGCUCCCGCUGUUCGUCAAUCUGUGUACGGCUGCUCUCACUGCCUAUACGAAAGUGCGAAUGCUCAACUGA